CCCGGCCUGAACGGAUCCAACUGUCGCCGUCUUGUCUCCAAGCCACGGGCCUGCAAUGACGCCCUCCAGGCAAUUGUCGGAUCCAUUGGCGCCCUUCUGCUGAUCCCAGCUUCGACAUGCUGUCCUGAGGCCCGUCGUGCCCCUCUCCCCCCCGAUUAGUCAGUCGAAUCGCACCUCCAGAGUCCCUGAGGCCCGUCCAGCAAUGUCGGCGGACCGUCACCCUUCGGCGGAUUUGACACAUUCCGAAGCGACGUCUGAUGCGUCUCCACGCCUUUCUGGGCAAGGCUCGCCUAGUGAUGCUCAUCAAAGUCCCGUCAGAAUAAAAAGGCGAAAGCACCCAUCUAUAUCAGAAAACGACUCGGCCAAAAACCAACUGUUCUACUUUGUGGACUCCAAUUCAUCGUCCCGGGAAAAGCGAGCACAUGUUAUGCGCCACCAUGUUCAGGAAAAACGGAGACAGCGCAAGCAUUCUCAUCCCCGAAGAGAUCAUGACAAAAUUCUUGGGCGUUCCCUGCAUUAUUUUCCCUGGCAGCAGAAGACACUAGAUCUGGAGGAGGAUGACUUUGAUUUCAAUGAACCCAUUGGACCUCCGGAAAGCCCAGAUCGGACUGAAUCGGCGGACGACAAAUCCUUGGUUCCCGCCGGGUUCCCAAUGCUCAAAUCCGCUUCCUUCCCCACCGAUGACCCACGUCCUGUCUCGCCCGUCAGUCUACUUGAUGCCUCCAGAAAAGACCCUUUCGACAGCUACCCCGUAUUCUGUUCCAAGGCCGAUCUGGAAUUGGCCGACUACUGGACCAACAGACUCACUUACUGGUCGGGCCAAAAUAAAUAUAUAAAAAACCAAAUCUUCCGCACGGCCAUGAGCCAUUCGCUGGCCUUUCAGGCUGUGAUCUUAACAUACUGCGCCCGCUGGAAACUCCAGCUGUAUAAUCUAACAAGUAGCAACGAGGCCGAAACUCACUUGGGACAGGUCACAAAGGAUAUCGACAAGGCUUUGAAGGGAUCCUUGCCCAUCAACGCAGACAGUCUCGCCAUGGCCAUGACGGGGAUGGCGCUCCAGGAAGAGCGCUUCGGAACCAAAGAGAAGGCCAGGGGGUAUGCCGACCAGGCCGUCCAAAUUCUUCGAUCCCGAGCUGGAGCCAGCAACGCCGUGGAGGUCUUCUUGCACUAUGUACGAUACCUUAUGAUACCGCCUCCGAACCCCUCGGGCGGCGGGGAGGGCCAGCAGUGGCUCACGACGUUUCUUCGCGGCGCGGAAGAACUCAUGCUGGAGCACAACACGAAGGCAUAUCUCUCAUCGGUUCCUCAGCGCCAAUCUGCUUUCCAAAUGGAUAGUCCCCUAUUUCCUUUACUUUCCAGCGGACCUCGUCCUUCUCAAAUCCCCGAAGGUUCACGCAUGUACGUGGUCCGGAACUCGCCCACCCAGGAGCUCACUCGCACGGCGGCCUUGAUCUACAUUACAGCGACGCUUUGGGACUUCCAAGACUCUCAAAGUAAGACCGGUCGCUUUCUCAAUCAUUUAUGCGCCAUCGCCAAGGAACACCAGCUUGACAGAUAUCCGGCCUGUGAGACCUUUGUCUGGCUGCUGCUAGAGGAGAGCUACGAUCUCGACUUGAAAGAUCCCGAGCGCGGAUGGUCCACCGGCGAGUUGCUGAAGAUGCACAAACAGCUCCGACCGGAUCUACAGUUUCAAUUCAACGAAAUUCUGUUUAGUCUGCUAAUGCUUAUGCCUCCCAUCCGAGGCAUCGACACCUUCGAGGAGGAAAUAUGUUUGUCAUCCGACACGUCGGACCUCUGAGAUGGCAGGAUUCCCUGCACCAAAAGCACAUCACAUCUUUUAUUUUUUUCACUUUCAGAAACCCUUCUUUUCUUGACCUGGCAGGACGCACAAUUCAACGGUACCAAGCGGCUUGCAGGCAACCGUAUUCCAAUUCUCUGUCUUGCAUGAUUGAUCCAACUAGGUGCAUUUGUACAUAGCAGCACUGGUGUUUAGACCGUGAAUAAAUUAAUGAACGACUCGGGCGCUUUUU